CCGCGGUCGCGGUGCACCACUCCGGCCGGUUGGACGCCGGCACCGCCAGUGUUCAUUUUUCACAUAACGCUGCAGGCCCCGUCCUCGUGGACGGUGCAAGAAACCCAAACGCCGUCCACGACGACGUGCGUUUCAAACGACUGCGACUAUCCCGGAAUGGACAUAUGGUCGCCCGUUACGACUUGUCGACCGACCACUACUACUUGCCGCCCGUUCACCACGACUUGCCGCCCGUUCACCACGACUUGCCGCCCGUCCACCACGACUUGCCGCCCGUUCACCACGACUUGCCGCCCGUUCACCACGACUUGCCGACCGACGACUACGACAUGUCGACCGACGACUGCGACUUGCCGCCCCUUCUCUACGACUUGCCGCCCCUUCACUACGACUUGCCGUCCGUCAACCGCGAGUUGUCGGCCGACGGUCAUGAUUUGUCGGCCAACUUUCACGACUUGUCGACCGGCCACCACACCGAAAUGUACACUAACCACGCAAUGCUCUUGUCGUACACUUAUUUACAUGGUUGAUCGAAAGACCGGUUGAUGUUAUAGUCGAUUCGACUUAUUACAAACAAUGGGUACGCGGACUAUGCACAAGAAGAGACGAAUAAUUGUGUGGUUUUGUCGGUUUUGAUCAGUUGAAUUUAGCCGUAUCAAACAUUUGAAUAGAAAUAACAAUAAUUUUCACAGUAAACAAUUUAUUGUCGUAUUAUUAUUUAUUCAACGUGCGUCAAAAUAAAUAAGCUGAGAUCAUCAAUUACAGAUAUCUGGAAUCAUCUCUGGAUACAUUCUCAAAGAAAAAUUUAGUGGGAAGACUGAUCAGUUAUUAACCUUCUUAUUACUUUUCAAGAUUAAUGAAUCGGUAACUAUUUUAUGCCUAC